CGUCACAGGGACGCACAGAUUCGGGAAGGAGGUUUGACGGCAGCAUGUGCGGGGGCUGCGUGAAGACGGAGUACCCUCCUCGGGGUACUACUUGCUUGGAGAACGGAUCCUACUUAAUGAAUUAUGUUGGUUGCAUUGAAUGCAAAACACGGGAUUUUGUGAUGAUUGUGAACAAAGCAACAGAAGAAGAAGAUGGAGAGGAAAUUGUCACUUACGAUCAUGUAUGUAAGAAUUGUCACCAUGUGAUAGCCAGGCAUGAAUACACUUUUGGUGUAGUGGAUGAUUACCAGGAAUACACCAUGCUCUGCAUGCUCUGUGGGAGGGCAGAAGAUUCUAUCAGUAUCUUGCCUGAUGACCCUCAUCUGAUGACUCCAUUGUUCUGAAGUGCCUUGAUUUUUCUCAGCCAUUGUAUCAUGUACUAAAAGACAGAAACUCAUGGAAUAAGAUAUUUACAGAACACAAAUGCAGACUUUUCUCAAUCCAUGUGGGACAGUCAAAUGGUAUGGGAUCAAAAAAUAGCAUCUUCAGAUGGUAUGGGGUCAAAAAAAUAGCAUCUUAGUUUAUCAUAAUCAGAAGCGGUCUCUGCAAGCUAAAGGAAGAGAGAAA